UAUGCUGUUGCUGUCCGAUGGUUCGGUCGUCGCCGUCGUCGUUGGCCACCUUUUUGAUGUGUCGUGCCCUCUUCCUGAACCACAUACCGCCGUUUGUUGAGUUUGUGCGUCCUGGACUGGAGAGGCGACUGCACUGUGAGAGCGGGUGUGUUUAAAUAGCACCACGCACCGGCCAUGUAUGAGGCGAGUGACGGCUGACGAAUCGGGUCUAUAGGCGCACGUUGCCAACGAAGAAUAUUUGCCAUCUACGCCAUAUUGGAUCGUGACUCUACUACCUGAUCGCACUCUGGUUCCUUGUGAACUUUGUAUUCCAUUCUCUCUCUCUCUCUCUCUCUCUCUCUCUUUCGCUCUCCAUCUUAUCGGCGUAGAGAAGAGUCCUGUCCCGUCCUAUCGUGCCCAGAGAGUCACGACUACCAGCGAAUCAUCUACGGCCAUUGGGAGUGCAUUCCGUUCGCGCUUAGCGCCGGCUCUGGCGUGACCGAGUGAUGUUUUUUUUUUUUUCGAUGGUUCGGUCAAGAACAAAGUGUGAAGUGAACAAACAGGCCGAUUGUUGUUGAUGUUCGCAGUCCGGCAACAAAUAACGUCCUCCUGGGAAGUGUAUUCGUGGCUUAACCUACUAGACCCUGGCGUGGGACACACAGCGGAAACGGUAUCGACUCCAAAUCUCACCUCCUCGCACCUUCAACGUAACCAGUGUAGUCAACACAGUGUAGUCAGGCGGCCCCAACCCCCCCCCCCCCCCUCCCGCGUGGUUAUAGAAUGCUCGCACACAGGACCACCACCAGUUUUGGCUAAAAAUAGUGAGUCCGAGAUAUUUUUACCAGCAUCUCAUCGCCGCGCACGCCAGUAGCAACGUAGCAGACGCAGCAGGCUUCUUAUUCUCCCCCAAAUGGUCCAAGUGGUGUAUCGGUGUGUACCGGCAGUGCCAAGCACGCGUGUAUAUGUGUCAUUAAACCGAUGACUCAAAAGGUGAUACGCAUUAACUCUAGCCAGAACCAGAAGGUGGUGGCGUGACGAUUUACGAAUUUCGUACCAAAGCGUACCAAAGUUUGCUUGUAAGGUGUUUGUCUAGAAGGUGUGGUGUUGGUGUUUGCGGACUAUUUGGAGUGAACCCCUUCGUCGUAUCCUUGAUCUGAUCGAGCCACGCACACAGUUUCCAUGUGCACACUGGCAACACUAGCGAGCUCCCGGGCAACAACAACAACAGGCUUUGCGAGCGGAAGGAUGGGCUUGGACGCACUGCAGCACAGACAGGGAAGUGCGGGCAGUGCCGGUAGUGGGGGUGAUUCGGGUGGCGACAGUCUUGGCACGUCUCCCACGGCCCUACACUGGUACUAUCUGGCCAACUUGGAUACACUUUCGAGCGAUUCGCUACAGAGCUCGAAACUGUUCCCACCGACUGUCUGGGCUGGAGGGGAGUCUAUCCAUUCGCGACUCACCAGGGCCAGAUCACCAACGGCGACGAGACACGAAGAACGUUCCACGCAAGACGACGAGGAUGAUGAGGAUCGUCCGGAUUCGCCAUUGUUGGCCGACGAGCUAGCGGAGCUGUGCGACCAGUUCGUUGAUCUGGGACUGUUCUCCGGAUACAAUGGUGAUGGUGGUGGAUUCCAGGCGCCAGGAUUCGGUGCACAUACGAGCAGCCUCGGUAACAAUCAUGUUGGUUCCCACCUGUACGGUGUCCUUUCGACUCGACCGAGAGACCAUGGAUUAGCAUUAAGUGGUGCAAGCUAUGGACGAGCGGUUUCACCUUCGCGUACCGGCCAUCUUCCAGCAUCGAAGCCGCAACUGCCACUGACGCGGCCAUCCUUGCAGCAACAUCAUCCUCAGCAGCAGCAGCAGCAGCAGCAGCAGUACUACCACCAUCAUCAUCAACAACCCUUGCAUUCGGGAGUAGCUGGUGGGCUGGGCAGUGCGCAUCUUGCCUGUCAGCAUUAUCAGCACGAUGCCUUUGAGCAUCACCACCAUCAUCAUCAUCAUCACUUGCCGUCGCAUCAUCAUCACCAGAACGUGAUUCCAGCGCUUCACUCGCCGCCGGCACAUUCUACAUUGCAGCAGCAGCAGCUACAGAAUGGAAAUGGCAGCAAGUACAGCAAGGUGCCUCCGGUGAACUAUCUGUGCCAUUUGUGUUUCAAGAAGGGACACUACAUACGCGACUGUCCUCAGGCUCGCCCGAAAGCGGAAGGGAAAACACCGUACCAGGGCAAGAAGCGUUGCUUCGGCGAGUACAAGUGUCCCAAGUGUAAGCGAAAGUGGAUGUCGGGCAACUCGUGGGCAAACCAUGGCCAGGAGUGCAUCAAGUGUCACAUCAACGUGUAUCCGCACAAACAGCGUCCUCUGGAGAAACCGGACGGGUUGGAUGUGUCGGAUCAAUCGAAGGUCCAUCCACAGAUGUUGUGUGAGAAGUGCAAAACGCUCGGUUACUAUUGCCGAAGAAUACAGUAGCAGAAUGAUGAUGAAACGAAAGAUGAAACCGAAAGAUCAAUCCAUCCACCGCUCACCGAACAAACACACCGCCACACCGCGCUGAAGAAGAAGAAGCUGUCCUUCUCUCAAUUUGUACAUAAUUCACUCGACGAAAGCGAUCUUUUGAUCGCGCCCCAGCAGCACCAUUAGAGAACCAAAUCGACCUAUUUUACGAAUCCUCCAGUCGCAGCCGAGUACUGCGAUGAAGUCCGAUCUUAGAAAAUGAGGGGGUGUGACCGAUCAAGGUCCUGGGAGACCUCCCCGACCCCCCGCCUUAACCCUCGCUCGCAUACGCUAUGUAUGAUUUGUAUUAUUUUUUGAACGUCAAAAACUGGAAUCCGACCCCGUCUGCGUAUCGUGGAGAUGGCGGAAGCAAAUGAAAAAUCCAAACGAGUAUGGCCGCAUGGCAAAAAAGGCCGGAAUCGACAAACGAUGGAAGUAGUUUUAUUGAAUAAAAAUCAUGUACUGGAUUCAUAGAAAGCAAUCCACGAUGCUGA